CUUUCCAAUUUUCCUCCCUUUUCAGGCCUUUAAAUUGACAAUGUGCGACCUUACACCAAACCCAAAACCAGAAGUAGGAUUAACGAAGAUGUACAAGAAACUAUCCAAGACGGUGCGUGUAGUUUUCUUCAUGAUUCAAAAGAGUAUAUCGAAGAGCAAAGAUCUGCAGAUCUUGAUGAAACGUGGCAAGGUCCUAGGCGAGUCCGUAAACCACUUGAUGAUCCACACUCACACCGCGCUCAGUUGCCGUCCUCACGACGUCCACCUCUCUUUCGUUUCUCCGUCUCCCAGGUACUACGAGUUUAGCUGCAGUGACACACCGCCGCCGCGGCUUUUCCACAUCACCAGGCGAAAAUCUCACAAGCGUCAUGGUCGUGUGUCAGUCUCGCCGUCGCCGUCGACGGCGACUUCGGCGGGGGUAGAGAAUGACGGCGGGGGAUUUCAAGUGGAUGAGGCGGCGGAGGAGUUCAUUCAGAGGUUUUAUAUGCAGUUGAGGUUGCAGAAAUGGAUGGCCGGCCAGAGUGAGAAUAAUUUGGCUUGUGAGAAAUUAUUAGGCGUACGUUGCUCAUAUUAACACUUGUAAUUCGCUUACUUACACUUUCUAAAAUGUACA